CAUUUAACGGCACCUUGAACCCGCUCAACUCUGGCGUGUUGGCGGCGCGCUCCAGACGUGAAAACGCAGGCUGCAUUAGCCGCUGGCAAGCUAACUUCACUAGUUGUGUCUGUGGGCUAAUAGUCUAGCUUGGUUAGCUUUGCUUAGAGCGUGGGAGCGAGCUCCCGUGAUACUUGUUUCCAGAUGCAGUGAAGCCGUUGGGAGCCGCCACCUGACAGCACCGCAGCCCUUCGCAUUAUCAAAGGCAGCUCCUAGUGCGCCGCGCCACACCGCGCCGCGCCACAGAAGCCGUUUGAACGCCUCCGUCGGUCUCAUGACGUUCUGAGCCGAAGCGGCCGCGUCGUGGCCUGCGCGCUGCAUCUGUUCCCCUCUCUGUCCUCCUCAUACCUCAAGCUGACGCAAAACCCGAGACACCUAACCCCCCUCCCCCACCCCCACUCCCACCCCGUGCCGAGCGAUUCUCCGCCCCCCGCCAUGGUGUCCAGCACAGAGACCGUGCACUACAUCCAUCUGCACAACUCCAGCCAGUCGGUGCUGGAGGCCCUGCGCACCCAGCGGCGCGAGGGCCUCUUCUGCGACGUGACCGUCCGGAUACACGACGCCUCCCUCAGGGCCCACGCCUGCGUCCUGGCAGCCGGCAGCCCCUUCUUCCAGGACAAGCUCCUGCUGGGCCACUCGGAGAUAUCGGUGCCGCCGCUGGUGCCUGCGGAAACGGUGAAGCAGCUGGUGGAUUUCAUGUACAGCGGCUCCCUGGUGGUGCUGCAGUCGCAGGCCCUCUGCAUCCUGACAGCUGCCAGCAUCUUGCAGAUCAAGACGGUCAUCGACGAGUGCACCCAGAUCAUCUCUCAGAGGAAGGCGGCGGCGGAGGCGGCGAGUGCAGCUGCAGCGGCGGCAGCAGCCGCCGCAGCAGCUGCGGGAACGGGAGCUGGGGGUGGGAUGCUCGGGGGGGUCCUCCCGAAGCAAGAGGAGCGUGGUAUGGGCAAAGGGAGGGAGGCCAGCAGCAGUGGGAGCUGCUCUGUUAGUAGUGCAGGCGGGGUCGGAGGCUACGCCAACUUCUCCAAUUUCAUGACCGAAUGCGGGGCUAGCUCCAUGGGCGGGGGGCUAGGCGCUGCUGGCGUUAGUGUCAGCGAGAGCGGCCCCGGCGCCAUGGAUCAAAGUAGCACUGUUAGUCUGAUGGCACUGGGGGACAUGGGGCCCAGCUCCAUGUGUGGCAGCGACGGCAUGGCCCCCGGGGCCGGUCCCGUCCUCAUGAAGCAAACCUCCAGCUGUACCCAGGAUGUGAGGUACAAGCUCCGAGACCUGCUGGCGCAGACCGCCAACGGAGCCGGCACCAGUAGCACGGGGAACCUGUCGGCGGGCUGCAGCUCGGGCGUGGGCAGCGUGGACAGCGUCGGCAGGGACAGCCUCCGCGGCAACGCGGCCGACCUCUCCGACGACCUUGUGGGGAUAGACAGAUACAGCGAAGAGGAGGACCUGGACGGGCGCGAGCGGGGAAGAGACGGAGACAGAGACAGGGGGGCGAGCCACAGCCGCAAGCAGAGGCAGCCGCUAAGACUCCAGGUGCUGGGGGGAGAGGGCGUGGUGGUUAAGGACGAAGGCGUGCAGGACUCAGACGGGGCCGUCUAUUCCUUGGAGGAUGGGAGACGACACCAAGAGCAGGAGGGUGGCCAGGACUCCAUGGCCAGCUUUGGGCAGGAUUUCUAUGACGAACAUGGAGUGUUCUCAGAGAGCUUCUGGCCUCAGAGUGAGCCUCCUCAAGCCAUGGCUUUCAACCCCAGAGGAAGGGUCAACAAGCCGUUGACUCCACCUCCAUCCUCGCAGUCCAUCAACAACCAGCUUCUUUUCCAGUACCCGGUGAGCCACUCCCAGCCUCCCCCAUUCUAUGUGGGAGGACCCAUGGGAGGGAUUGACAACAUGGCGGCAACAGAGCCCUCUCAGCAGGCUCCGCCCCCAGCACCAAUGACCCCUGUCCCCACUUCUUCAGCGUCCUCCUGUUCAGCAGGGCCCUCUCCUUCCUCGCAGGGAUCUGAGACCUCCUUUGACUGCACGCACUGUGGCAAAUCUUUACGUUCCAGGAAGAACUACAGCAAGCACAUGUUUAUCCACUCGGGUCAAAAACCUCAUCAGUGCUCCAUCUGCUGGCGCUCCUUCUCCCUUCGGGACUACCUCCUCAAACACAUGGUGGUGCAUACUGGCGUCAGGGCCUUCCAGUGCACCAUGUGCGGCAAACGCUUCACGCAGAAAAGCUCCCUCAACGUGCACAUGCGUACCCACCGUGCCGAGCGCACCUUCCAGUGCAAUGUUUGCCACCGGGCAUUCACCCACCGCACCUUGCUGGAGCGCCAUGCCUUGCAGCAUGCCCACCACACCCCCCAGAACCUAGGCCCAGGUCAGGGGCGGGGAGCCGACAUGACCUCACCUACCAAGCACAGUCCUCCAGGUAUGGGAGGAACCUCAGGUAUGGCUGGCACAGCCGCUAUGGUUGGCAGCAUGCCUAGCAUGCCCAGCCAUGGAGCUUCCUCCACUUAAAUACAGGAGGAAUAGAGAAAGGGAAAUUCAGGGGAGAGGAGGAGGAGGUUAGUUAGCUCAUUCCUCAAACCAACGCUUAACACUUGUAAUUGUUUUUUUUUAUCUUUGUUUUCUUUUCUUUAUUUGGUGGUAAGAGCGCUUACAGGCUUAUGUGUCUUUUUGUAUCAGCUUAACUCCACCUUCAGUCAGGGUUUCAGGGUUUGGGAGAGGAAGAUGUUCAGUUCCCAGAAAGUUACAUUACUAGUUGUAGCCUGACUUUUAUUUUCCUGUGUUGUGACGUGUUGCUAAGAGCAAGCUGGUAAAACCAACACGUGCAUGGACAGUGCUUCAUAAAGCAUUGGAAUAAAAACAUUAGAAUAGUGCAAAAACCCUGUUUUCAUAAAGUCCAGAGAGAUUAUAAGUUCCAUUCACCUUCAAUACAUUUUAUUCAGGGUCAGCUUUCUUUGAUCUGUUAAAAUCUAUUUUAACACCUCAAGACAAGUAGACGGGCAAAGCCGUAGUUAGAACCCUGAGAUAUCAGAUUUAGGACUUGUUGUCGGUGGGGUUUUUGUUUGUAGGUGGCGGGGUUAGCUGACAGGAAUAUAACAGGCACAAACGGGACCAGUGAUUGCUAACUGACAUGGACUGACUGUGUAGAGUGGCUGCAUAGCAUAGCAUGGGAUCAAAUAACGCAGUUAUCAUCAUUACAAUUACUGUGGUAUUUGAGUUUCAUUUAGGUAAAUGCUAUAGCUGUGGUGCGUAUGUUUGAUAUAAUAUAUGGCAUGUCUGAUUGGCAGUAUCGUACUUAUACCAGAGAAUUGCCCAAUCAAUCGGCAGCAGCCUGGCUUAGCUGGAGAGGACGUCAUGUAUGCUACAGUAUCAGCUGUAAAGAAGGGCUAUGGUGGAGUGUUUAUUUAAAUCGGCAUAUAGUUAGCCGACAUAACAAAGAAGGCAGAUAUGCAACAGUGAAACCCUGGAGCCACAGAUUUGUUUAAGCGAAGAAUGUUGGGAAUAUUCUCUCAUGUCGAAUCAAAAACACAUGAAACCUUCCAAAUAUUGUGACAUUUUGCUCCUAAUCCACUUCAGGGACUAUUACAGGUAAAUAAAGUAGAAAUAGGUCAACUGAAUACGACCGUCCUUUAAACUCCUUUCCAGUGCUAGUGCUUUGACCGAUGUUUUGCUCCGGAAACUGUCGGUAACCGCGCCAGAUCAGUUUUCUGCUUUGCUAAUCGGUGUUCACAUUUCGUGUCAUGCCAUUGCUGGUUGGUACCUUCCUACUUUCCUCAAGGAAAGUAUCCUCUGGUUCUUACUAAUCGAUGCAGGGUUGGUAUGGAGGACAUCUCAGUUUGUUCCAAAACGAUUCCGGUAGGAAAUGACCAAAAGCUUCUUGUGAGAUGGCAAAGUGACAAAAUAAGCACCACCCACCUGUACCACUAUUGCUCUACCUAUGAAAUGUGUGUAUAUAUAUAUAUAAAUGAUCAAAAAGUGACUCCUGAACUAACCGAGUUGAAGGUGAAUGGAACCUGGGAUUAUUCAGGAACAAACCAGGGUGACACAUGGUGCUUUUUAGAAAUAUAUUGAUGCAGAAUGAAAAAGUGAGACUACAGUAAAUCGUGAUGUGGGUGGGUUGGGGGAAGGGGUGGGGUGGGGGUGGGGGGGUUACACUGUAAGACGCAGCACAGCAGAGUGAAUGAAAUUCACUAUGAUCUGUCAGAAUGAUUUGUAAGAUUUUCCACAGGCGCCAGCGGUCGGCCCCGGCAUCAUAUACCUCGAACCAAGACCGAGCCUCUGAAAGCUCAGAGGGACACUAGUUUCUCUUUUAAGUUGUUAGGGGAAACAUUUCAGCAUGUUUUACACACACACCAACAAUUACCUCAGUGGUCCAAAGAAAGGCAUUAUGCUUUGCAUCUUUAAGCUACAUCAAACGAAGAAACGUGAAAAAACUAAAGCUAAAAUAGAGCCAUUUGCCUUUUCUUUCUUCUUCUUUCUGAACGCUUUGAACGUUCUUCUAUGUAAAGAUUCUUGCUUAUUAUAACACUCAGUUUGCUUGUUGCUAAUGUGAUUCUUUGGUGUAGAAAUAAGGCAGAGCAAUUAAAAUAAAAAAACUUUUUGGAGGGUUUUAAACAUGGAAAAAUCAUUGAAAAAUCUGAUUAAUAUCAGGAUUUGUGUUGAGUGUUUGGCUGUUUGUCUUCUGAGACUCUGGCUAAUAAUACAUGGGAUUGUUGCUUGAAAAAAAUAAACAAAAGCUUUUCCAACAGCACUAUAUAUAUAUUAAAAAAAAACUUUUAAAUGUUUUAGUAAAAUAAAAUUUUAAAUAAAACUGUACAAUCACCCAUAUACAUGUUUUGAGAAAGCGAAACAUGUCAUAAUGCUAGCACCACAUUAAUAUUUAUUACAAUUUGAUCUCUAUGCACAAUUAAGUUUGCACAUUGCUUAGCUCUAGAUAUCAGUGUCCCCUUGAAGUAUUCGGCCUAAGGUUGUUGCUUUUUUUCUUUUCUUUUUAAUGCAUUGAAGUUGAUCUUUAAAAGACCUGUAGUGUCCCAGCUUUUCGCUCACUCUCCCUUGAUGUUUAUUAAUGAAAACAUUUUUUGAUAUGGAGGUCAACCUUUGUAAGAGCCCUCUAACUGACAUUUAUGUGGAUAUCCUCAACAAAUGACAGACUUUGUGCUUGACAACUUUGCAAGCAAUGAAAUAUCUUUUAAAAUAUUCCCUUUAAUUAAGAUUUUUCUGUAAAAGUGAAUCCAUCAAAGACCAAUCUGGAUUAUUUUUUUUUCUGCUUGGACUUCACUCUAAACAUUGAUAUUUAAUGUCCCACUCAGACAUGGAAGAAUGCUGCUUACUUACUCAGAGUAGAACUGGCAGUAUGAAUUCAGUGGCUUCUGAACACUGUAAACCUAAACUGCAGGUUCACUUUGGUUCUCCAGUCUUCUGUAUUUGAAAGACAGAAUGGAAAAACAAACAAACAAAAAAAAGGGUUUGGAGAAGCUGGACUGAAAUUCUUUUUAUUUGCCGUUCUGUAUAAGCUAUAUAUGUACAUAUAUAUAUAAAUAUCUACAUUUGAAGCACAUUUUAAGCCAAACUUUUGGUGCUUUUUUAGAAACAUUUACCUCAUUUGCCAGUUGCCAACACCACACUGUGGUCAGGGUUCAGUAAAUAAGCAGUGUUAAGCUGUUUCACAGGUUUGAUCUAUCCUCAGCAGUGGCUGUGCUUUUGUUGCAUUGUGUCUGUGGGGGGAACCUUGUACAGUAGUGUAAUAUGUGUGCUUUGAAGCCAUGUCAGCGCAUUGUAACGUAGUGUAUUAUGCUUUUUUUUCUGUAUUCUGCUUUGUUGAGAGGGAUGACAAUUGUUUUUCUACAUCAAUAAUUCUUUUGCAGAGGUGAAAUGUCAGAAAGUCAUUUUAUAAAGAAAAAAGGAAAAAAAAAACUGUCAUCUUACCGCUACAUCUUUAUGUAUAAAAGGACUAAUGGCAUGAUUUUAACUUUUUCCUAGAACUUAGAUGUUGUUCUUGAUGAAUUCAUUGAAUUUGAAAAUGAGUGAUUUCAAAGAUUUUUCUCCAAAUAAAAACUUCACUCUGGCUUA